CAUGCCCUCUAUCUAUUACUCGCACCACUGCAAAUUGCAAUUCAAUCCAAUCCUCCCCGCAGCCAUUGAUUAAUACACUUUAUAGAAUAAAGUUUUAUGUCUGCAAUGUCGACGGAAGUCCAGAAAUCUACCGGAACCGUGAAGUGGUUCAGCGGCCAAAAAGGAUUUGGAUUCAUAGAACCUGAUAACGAAGGCGUAGAAGAUAUCUUUGUGCACCAAACAGAGAUCCAAUCCGAUGGAUUCCGUACCUUACGGGAGGGCCAACGUGUCGAAUUCGUAAUUAGUACCGGCGACGACGGACGGAACAAGGCCGUCGAGGUCGUGGUUCACUCUGGCGGUUCCUCCCGCGGUGGUGGACGCGGUAUGCGAGGCAGUGGGCGUCGCGGCGGCGGAAGGAGUGGAGGAGGAAGGGGAAAUUAUGAAGGAUACGGUGGCGGUUAUGGGAAGGAAGGAAAUAGAGGCGGGGGUGAUGGCGCAAGUAGUGUAGAGUGUUAUAAUUGCGGCCGGAUGGGUCAUAUGGCGAGAGAUUGUUUCAGGAGAAGAGGAGGAGGAGGAGGCCCUGGUGGGAGAUCUUUUGGUGGUGGCGGCCGUGGCGGCGGCGGUGGACGUGGCGGCGGUGCUUGUUAUACUUGUGGGGAAGAGGGCCAUUUUGCAAGAGACUGUCCCAAUAACAACCAGCAGAGUUGAACGUCGGUGGGUAUUUUACAUCCAUCAGUUUUAACUGCUUCUUUCUUUAUUGAAUUUUAUUUUUAUAUAAAAAAAAAUAUAUCAACAAAAUUAAAAUUAAUUAAUCUUCUUUUCAAAAAUUACCAUUUGUCACAGGUUUACACCUGAAAUAUCAGCUCUACUUAAUGCUUUGUACUAUAUAUGCUCUUAUGGCAGAAGAUUUUCCUUCA